AUGGCUUCUCCGCGAAACCCAACCUUGGACAAGCUUCCACUUGAGAUAUUAUGGAUGAUCUCUGAUCACCUAUCCUCCGUCGAUAUUAUUUGCCUCGCCCUUGGAAACCGCCGUCUGUUGAAUUCUUUCGCUGGAAUUGCCUUCAAGAGCUUUCCGAAGCGCCGCACUGGAGGCCCCACGGAUGCCGCACGGAUCCAGCUUUUAUCUCGACUUUCUUCCGAUCUACCACAAUACUAUGUCUGCUUCAUCUGCCUUCGGCUUCACCUGUGGAGAAGGAUUGGGCUUCCAACCUCGAGUCUUGUCGGUGCUGACCCUCACUUGUGGAAUUGGGUUGGGCCAACCUCGCAGCUUCUCGAUCCUGUCCACAUGUUCGAGGAGCGAAACCUACAACAAAAUUUGCCCUUGGCCAGCUAUCCAUGUUAUUCAUCUUAUAGGUUCUAUUUUGUACAUCUACAGCUUGCCAUGAGAAGAUUUUAUCAUGGGCGGGCAUUCGGAAUUCCCGUUGAGAGUAUGCUAUACACCGAGAUUAGCUCUCAUCGAUUCCGGUCAAAAGGCCCACAAUUCCUACAGAACAUCGUCAACGAGAAUUUAAGAACAAAUACCCACGAGGAUAGGAUGAUGACAGUAUUCUCUGCCGAGGCUCGAAUUUGCUCUCAACCUCCUGGUCUAUGCAUGCGGGUCCAAGAGGUGGCAGUGGUAACACGACACAAUGUGCCACGGAUGUGGCCAUCUCGUCAGAAUGGAUUCAUGAGUGCGUGCACACAUCUAACUACCCGUGUACUAGAAGAGUACGAGCAAGACCUAUUUGGGCCAGCAUUCAGAGAGAUAUUAGAAUCUCAACUUCUGCGUUAUUGCUCCACUACAAGUCCAAAGAUUCCACCCGAUCAAGGUCAUUGCGAUGAAUGCAAUACCUCUUGGAAACUGGAGAUUCGCACCUUGGAUGAAACUCACGCAAGCCUAGUUCUUACUUUGUGGAUGGACUUAGGACCGGGGAUCAGUCCAGCAGACCCCGAGUGGAAGUAUCGUCUUUUUUUUGCACAUCGGGCAGCAUUCACACAUCACAAAAUAGUGAACUCCCGUCUACGUUUUGAGAAGUAG